AUGGCUUCUUCACAGCAACCAGCAGACACCUCCGACGCUGUUAUGAUGGAAGCGGACGCCCCCGACUCCCCUCCAACGUCCCAAACCCAAAGCCCCUCUGCGUCCUUCCAUAGGCAUCAGCAAUCAAACCCCCAGCAAUCACAGUCAAACACAAGCGCAAGUCGCACCAAUGGCGACGGCAUGAAAUCCAACUUUGGCACUCCGGGCUCGAGCUGGCUGUCUAAGAAGUUCACCGAGGAGUACGAUCGCGCCCAAAGUAACGUGGUGGAUAAGAACUGGGACCAUACGGAGUUUGGUGAUCCGCUGAUGCAGGACUGA